AUGUUCAAGAGAGCAUUGGGACCUUGGUGUAUGACACCUAGCUUUAACACCUACUGUCAAAACUAUACUGCAACUGCAGUUUCAUGUACCAAAACGCCUAAUGAGCGAGUUGCUGGGUGGAACUGGUUAAAUUCUUCUUAUCCAUUGUAUGCCAUCUGGAUAUCCGGUGUUAGAAAACCAGAAUGUGUCGGAAAUGCAAGCUGUCAAGGAAUGAGUGCCUUCUCAUUCGCCGACCCAACCCUAUCUGCCAGCCCGACUGGUUAUCUAUUCAACACAGGAAAACCAGAUGGAACCGGUGCGGACUGUCUUGCAUUCCGAGUUAAUAGUGACAGAACAUGUGGAAUUGAUAAUAUUCAGUGCGAUCAGAUUAGAACAUCAGAUAAUUCAACAUGCCUUAGUGGACAAAUAUGCGGAUUCCCACCAUCUUGA